AUGUAAACUGAAAAGACGCUACCGAACUUUGAAAUGUGAAAAAUGCAAAGAUACUGUAGAUGCAAAAAUAUUGACCGCUUAGCACUGGGGCGAGAUCGAAAUCCAAAAUGGCGUCCGAAGGCGUGAAAGAAGCAAGCCAACAAAAAUCCGGCGAUAGUAUAGACACUGUUGAACCAAAAGAAAAAAAACAUAGAGGAAUACCUGAAGCAGGAUUUUUGGACGAUGUUGACAAGUUCAUGCUCAAGGGAGGCGAAUCGGCCGAAGAAACAAUUAAAAAACUGGAUGAACAACUUAGAAAGUACAAAUAUAUGGAAAUCAAUCUGUUAGCUAAGAAAAAAAGACUACAGGGACAAGUUCCUGAUCUUAUGUCAAGUUUAGAAAUGGUCAAACUACUCCAGAACAAUAAGGAAAAAGGAACUCCAUGUCAUAGCAGAUUCCUAGUUUCAGAUCAGCUUUAUGCAAAUGCUGUUGUACCACCAUCAGAGAAAGUGUGCUUGUGGCUAGGGGCAAAUGUGAUGCUGGAAUACACAAUUGAAGAAGCCGAUAAUCUGUUAACAAAGAAUUUGGCAACAGCAAAGAACAACUUAGAGGAGUUACAAGAUGACCUGGACUUUUUACGAGACCAGUACACAACAACGGAAGUCAAUAUGGCCCGUGUAUAUAACUGGGAUGUAAAGAGACGCCAAGCUGCCAAGAUACAAUCUUAGUGUGAAUACUUGUAAUAAGUUUGAAUUGUGUGUUGAAAGUAAAAACUGUAUUUUAUGGAGUGAAUAAAUAUCAACCAACAUUAAUAAGCAAUUUAUAUUGUA